UGUGGGGGAGCAGUGAGGUGCUGCAGAGAGCAAUCUUGCAGCAGCAGAGUACAAGUAGGAAAUGGGUCGGUUGGAGUAAUAGCUUUUUUCUGUUGUUUGUGUGAGCCAAGUCAAAUGUGUGUAGAGUACAGGGUUAUCAUACUCAUGAUUUUUUUUUCAGUGUGUUACAAAUGAAUGUGUUUGCAACAAAAUUUGGUCAUCCAAGUGUGAUAUGAAUUCCCCUAUCUUUGGACACGUCCUUGAGGCCCAAAGUCAGCUUGUUUUUUUUUUAAUAAUGUUCUAGCCUUUGUCUAGAUCAUUAAAAUAGACUGUGUUUGGAAAUGUAAUGCUGUGGCGUCACAUUCCGAGGAGGUCAGCAGAAAUGCUAUCCUGAAGUAUCCCUGCUAAUACCACCUGCGGUUUGUUCUUGCCUCUGCAUUGUUGUAGGCAAUCUCCUUGUUUGUGCCGAAACAACCGGAUGUAUGAAGUGGAUAGAAGGGCUAGCCCAAUUUAAAAAAACACAAACCAAACUGAAAACGCCCUCUAACAUAUUUCACCACCCAAUCUCCCCUCUCCCCAGCUGUAUCAAUUUACUGGUUCAGUUUGUAAUAUGCCAGGUCUGUACACAGGGGUGUUGCUGGCAGAGAAAUGAGGGACAGAGCUGAGCACUCCUUACGCCGGUGUUAUUGCUGGUUUCUUUUCAAUGUGAAAACAUAGCCUUAGUUACGGCAUUGGUCUAAAGUUUGCGCUCAGCUUUGAUGUACUUAGCAGCUUGCAGAAGGCUGGUAGCUUGUGUUGACGUGGCUUUGGUCCCUCCUGAUGGUCAGGUAUAAGCAAGCUGUGUGUUAUCAGAGGUGUGAAGAGCUGUGUGGGCUGUUUGGAUGCAGUGUGAUGAGGUAGUGGCUCCUGAGGUGCAGGCUGUUAGUGAAAUCCAAGCCUGCCCCCACUCCUAUUCCCCUUUUCUGAUCACAGCUGGCUGGUACAAGUGGCUCGUAAGUCCCACUAUUAAGUGGUCAUUGAAACAAAACUCCAGAAGAAGAGGCUUAUUUUUAAUCCAGAUCAGGUUUCGUUUUCCUUCACCAAUACUUCAAGGUGCAGAGAAGCUGGUAAAAGCAUUGCCAUGAAACCUAAUUUGAAGCAAUGGAAACAACUCAUGCUGUUUGGGAUCUUUGCAUGGGGUCUGCUUUUUCUGGUGAUAUUCAUCUAUUUUACAGAUAGCAACACUGCUGAACCAGUUCCCAGUUCCUUUUCUUACAUUGAAACUAAGAGGCUUCUGCCCCUUCAGGGCAAGCAGAGAGUCAUCAUGGGAGCCAUACACGAUCCAUCAUUCUCUGAAACCAUUGAUGGGAAUGAGGUACUUCUUAAUGAAGAUCUCUUAGGUACAUUUAAAUCCAGAACUGGAAGUAUUAAGAAAUGGACUGAUUUGGAAGAUGCUUUUAGAAGUGAAGAUGAGUUUUUUCCAUCCCAGAUAGGAAGACAAUCAAAAAGUGCUUUCUACCAAGUGAAUGAUGAUUAUUUAUUUGCUGCUGGUCAGCCUCAGUCACACAACCACCUUGAAGAGAUAGCAAAAUUAAUCUCAGCUGAUGAGGAUAAUCCAAAAGUAAAUAUUUUACAGAACAACUGGAGCCACCAGAGAAGAAUGAGGAAAAGGAGCACAAAGCAUAGGAGAAGCCAGAUGCUUGAUGAAUCUGAUGACUGGGAUGGGCUAUAUUCCACGAUGUCGAAAUCCUUUCUUUACAAGCUUUGGAAAGGGGAUGUGUCUUCCAAGAUGUUAAACCCUCGACUGCAGAAGGCGAUGAAAGAUUAUUUGAGCACCAAUAAGCAUGGGGUGCGGUUCAAGGGGAAGCGAAACUCCAAGUUGACAGGAGACCAGCUAUUCUGUGAGCUAAAAGAAAGAGUGAAUGUGAAAACAAUAGAUGGCAAGGAGGCUCCCUUCUCCACUCUUGGAUGGGAAAAGCACGUUCCCCAGAUUCCACUGGGCAAAUUGUAUACACAUGGCUUUGGGAGCUGUGCUGUAGUCAUGUCUGCUGGUGCAAUACUGAACUCGUCUCUGGGGGAUGAAAUAGAUUCCCACGAUGCUGUUCUAAGAUUUAAUUCUGCUCCAACACGUGGCUAUGAAAAAGAUGUUGGUAAUAAAACAACCAUGAGGAUCAUUAACUCUCAGAUUCUCACCAAUCCAAACCAUCACUUUGUCGACAGCUCUUUGUACAAAGAUGUUAUCUUAGUAGCCUGGGAUCCUGCCCCCUAUUCUGCAAAUCUGAAUGUGUGGUACAAGAAGCCAGACUACAAUCUAUUCACUCCCUAUGUACAGCAUCGCAGGAAGAAUCCAAACCAGCCAUUUUACAUUCUCCAUCCAAAGUUUAUAUGGCAGCUCUGGGACAUCAUUCAGGAGAACACUAAAGAGAAGAUACAGCCCAACCCUCCUUCUUCAGGUUUUAUUGGUAUCCUCAUCAUGAUGUCCAUGUGUAAUGAAGUGCACGUGUAUGAAUACAUCCCUUCAGUCCGACAGACCGACCUAUGUCACUACCAUGAACUCUACUACGACGCAGCUUGUACCUUAGGGGCCUACCACCCAUUGCUCUACGAGAAGCUGUUGGUGCAGAGGAUGAACAAAGGUUUGCAGGAUGAUCUGUAUCGGAAGGGGAAAGUAAUUUUGCCAGGGUUCAAAGCUGUCAAGUGCCCCGAUCGAAAUAAUUUCCCACACUUGUAGAAGAGAGUCUUUCAGAAACAAUGUGCAAUAAGGUACUACUGUCGUACUAUAAACAAGAAGAGAAUACUUGAAAAAUGUUUCUUAGACCAAUCUAGACUUGAGUCUAUAAAUUGUAAUUAAGUAGCAGGCAUGAGUUUUUUCUGAGCCUGAGUAUUUAUUACUGCUUUGCAAAUAGUUAAAGGAAUAAAAAAAGGCUUAGCUCAUGAACGAUGCAAAGGACAUACUUAGGCAGAAAUGUAAUGUAUUGUUGUGGGUGUUACUGUCAGAAUUUGUCUGUGGUUUCUUAUGCCACAUAUGCUAGAAUGUAACAUUUUUAAUGAACUUAUUUAACUGUCAAACCUGGCAUUGUGAAACAGCCUCUAUUGUUCAUGUAUAGAGUGGCCAGUUUAACAAUGCAGCUUUUCUCGUGGCUACAGAGGAUUUUCGCAAUGUCCAAGAAUGAAGUAAUUGCUACUCCAAGCUGUGCAGUUCUUGACUAGAGUAGAUUUUAAUUCCUGUUCAUACGCAGGCUCAGUUACAGGCCUCCAACUGCAUAGGGGACCUUAUGGUUGGCUAUGAAGUCAAUGGAGACGGAGAUGGCUGUACCCACAGCUACAGCAGUUAAACUACUGGAUGUUCUUUUAAUGCCAGACCCCCAUGCUCACAUUGACUGCAUAGGGCAGAGUGAAAAGAAAAAUGUCUGAUUUCUUUAGUGAGCAACAAACAUAUCUUUAACCCAUUUAGGAAAAAACUCUUCCUGGGAGGCCUGUCAAGGGGUUGUAAGUGAGAUGGAAAUUAUGCCUUCCCCUGGUCUGCACCGAUAAAGAUCCAGAGAAAGCCAAGGGAGGCUGUGCAGCACUCUACACACUGAAAGCAAGUGUAGAGGGAGUUCAUCUUUCUGCAGCAAAGAUAGCGUUCAGGAUUACAGACAUCAUUUGUUAGAAAUUUCACUGGGAUCCAAAUCAAACUCACAUGCUCACAAGUUACUGCUGUUAAGAAAGCAUAGGGAGUUUUAUGACAAAAGAAGGGGAUAUCAGCAUUUUUUGUUUCAUGUUUGAAAAACUAUACCCUAGAGAAGCUGUAAUGCCUGCAAAAAAAAAACCUCACUACAGAUUUCAUAUGGAGAUAAUUUGAUAUUUUCCUUCAUAACACACAAAGAGAAUAUUCUCUAAGGCACUUCUAAAUAUCUGUCUGGUUACUAAUAUAUUUAAAGCAUUAUUUUUCAUGGCAAGACUUGAGUUUCAGGUUUUCCUAGUGGCAGGAGGUUAAUUUUUGUGGGUUUUUUUUCACAUAACUGUACCCUUUUUCUUAGGGUAAGUUCAGCAGGAAAGUAUGUACACAAAAGCACAGCUAUAUUCUGUUCUUAUCUAUUCAGUAAAAAAAGGCAGAAAGCUCAAAGAGGCACUGAAAAUAAUAGCUGAGUGAUUGUGGUAGAAUAUUUUUCAUUGUUCUGUCUUAAGCAACAGAAAGGCAGUUGAAGAGUGCAUACAAUAUUAAUGACUAUUUCCUCUUCAACAGAAACACAAGUAUAAUCACAGAAUCCUUUUUCUCUCACUCUGCUCUGUGGGUCUGAUGAUUUUCCUUCCUCAAAAGUGAAGAAUGUGUCUUACAUAGGACUUAGCCCUCUUUUUUUCUUGUAGUCUCUUAAUUUGGGCUUUAUGAUCCUCUUAGGAUAUCUUUUGUUGACAGAAAGUUAUGUCCAGAUGAUGUAAAAAUUGUAUUUCUGUAUUAUGUGGAUAGUUAUGUCCAUAAAUCAUUUUGGUACAUGUCAAGAUGAGUAAGUUUUACUCAUAUUAGCCUUAGACUCUGGAUAUAGUACAUACUGAUUUCAUUUUUUAAUAUUACGUAUGGCAGCAACUUUUAUUCUGAAAGUUAAUAACACUGUUAUUUAAUCUUACGGAGAACAGAUAACCUAUAUAGAACUAAUGUAUUUUUCUGUAUGUUUGGCACUCUGUUUGCAAAACAUAUGAAGUUUUAACAGUACAAAGAUGUUUCUCUUUCCUGUAUGAUGGGUUAGCCUACCACAUAUUUGUAAAGGAAGGGAGUUGAUUAGCUUUCUAUGACUAGUGAAUAUGCUACUUUUCCAUAAGCUGGAAAUUCUCAAGUUCUGAAAAGAAAACAAAGCAUAUCACUUUGACUGAUCUGCAAUGACUAACCUUUAAAAUACUAACUACAUUAUUCAACUACCCACAGCAGGAUUAUGUUGUAUUAUUCCCUCAGUAAUUUGUCAGAAUAAUCAACAUAGCUGUUGUACAGAACAAGGCAAGUGAUAAAGUUUCUUGUAGCAAGCGCUAAGCAUACCUACUUAAAACAUCAUUUAAAUAACAAUGCAGAACCAGGUCUAAGUUGUUAUAAAAUGAACUUUAUAUUUUUAAUUUACUGGACUGCGUUCCCUCAAGACCUUCCAACAGAAUUUUUUUUCUUUGCUGUAUCCUGAUUUAAGUAGCAAUCAGUGCUCCUUCCACACAUGCAAGUGUGGGUGUUGUAGCACCAUCACCUACAAAGAUGCCACAGAGCUGUGCUGCAGAGGCUUGCUUUCUCACAGGGGAAGUCCAACAUGUAAUGCCCAUCUUCUUGAAAAAAUAAGGAUCCCUUGACAUGGCUUCCCAACAUUGUUUCCGCUGUGAUGUUCCACUGGUCUGCCUACUCACACACCUUGUGGCUGCUUCAAAAGAUUUUACUCCCCUACCUUGUCUUGUCCUCCUUCAGUUUUCAGCACAAGUGGAAGUGUGCCUGCUCCGAGGGCUCACCUCCACUUGCUGCAAGAGCACAAGGGGCAGAAAUAAUGGGGCAAGUUAGAUGACCUGCAGAGGUGCUCCCCUCACCAUUGUUUACACUUUGUGGCAUUGACAUUGGUGGCUUUUUUAAGAGCCUACCAAAUAUUUUCAUAUUUAUGGGCAUUUCCCCAUCACUCACAGAGGCAGAGAGAGCUUUACAAAGAAUCACAUUCAGUAGAUUUUAAAUGAAUACGUAGUGAUGCUGAACCAUAUAUCGUUUAAUAAUAAUGUAAGAGUGCUGGUUUUAGAUACAAAUAUUAAAUGCAGAAAAUGUGAAAGGAAAUGUAUUUUCUCACCCAUAUUGUGGAGUCUUGGGGGAAAAAGAUACAGACGUGGCUUUGUAGCUCUCCCAUCUGGCUGUCACACCCUAACAGAGUGGAACAGCACUGUAGAUGAGAGGUUUGCCCAAACCUGGCUCUUGAGGUGCAUCAUCAGCCAAGCAAAUGCCUCUGCUAGUGGAGCCCUGAGCUCCUUUCACGCUUGUUGCAAUGAUGCAGUUUAAAUGUACGGAGCUUUACUGACAAAUAGGAGUAAGCUGCCUUCAAAAGCUUUUAAGCCUCAUUUCUGUGCCCUGGUGCUGUGGACAACAGUUGCACUUAGCUGAAACAAACCAGAAACACAGCAGCAGCUUAAGGAACUGUGCUGAGUUUAUGCUGAAUUUCAUUAUGCUCUUUUUUCCACUGUGAAUUCUGUAGCUUUUCUUGUGGUGCUCUAUCAUUUUAUACAUUCAGCCUUUGGGUGGCUAAAUCCAAGGCUGUCUAUUUGAGAAAAAAAAAAAUAGAAGAUUUUGCCUCAUUUUGAGCAAAAAUCUUUUUUUUGCUAGGAAGAAAAUAUUAAUGGUUCCAUUACUUUAUAGUUAUAAAGCUUACCUGAGCAAAAACUGACAGCUCAGUCAGUUAUGCCUUCAAUUAAACUACUAUGUCUUCUUUUUACACCUUGCUAUGCGGUUUUAUGCUGUUGGAACUCUGGUAAAGUCAGUGAAAUUACACUGAUAUAAGAAAUACGUACCUGUGGAGAAAGAGGGGGGUGUUUUUACACACUCUCAUUCACACUCUCUCUAUACAAAUUUAGCUAAAUCAUUGCAUGUCUUUGGACACGACACCUUCUUUAUUGAAAAUAUCCAAAUUCUGAACUUGUUGCUUUAGAUCUCUUGCCAAAGUCAGCAAAACCAAGACAGUUUUUUUCUUAAGUGAAGACAAUUGUCUACACUCAAUGGUUGCAUGGCCUGAAUACAGUCAUUUUUGAGAUGGAUUGAAUUAAACAGAAGUUCAGAACACAGGUAGACCAAUCCAAUCCAUUGUCGGGUUUUUCUUUUUAAUUUCCUUUUUCUUUAGAUGUUUUCAAGGAUGCAAAAUGCCAUUUGGACAGUGACACAGAUGUACCACGAAAAGAACAUUAAAUGCAUUGACUGCAAAAAUAAAUGGCUACUAUUUUUCCCUUCAUGCUUUCUGAAGUUGAUACAUAUUGAAUACAUGAAAUUGGGUUUUGAAGUAGGUAAUUCAGAAGAGUGUCAUUAGAAAGCAUCUGAAUCUUCCGCAGGUGCCAUCCUCUCAUACAAAUGGAGGAUACCCAUUUAACUGUUUUAAAUUUACAAUAGCCCAUGUCUGGGCAUAUCUGCAUCACUGAAUGAAUUUUGACACUGCAAAUUUCUUCUCUCUGGCUUAGUGAUCAGAUUCAGAGUUUUGUGCUUGAAAUAAGAGUUGUGUGUAAAAGCCUUACAUUUAUCCAUAUCAUCUCAUCACUCUUAUAAUAUGUAGUCAUUGGAAGUAUUCAAAUAUAGACUGUGUACUUUUUUAAUAGCUUUGAGAAUUAUUUUGUAUGAUGAUUUUUUUAAAUGAAUGUGUACUCUAAUAACAAAACUUAAGAUUUUACAGGAGUCACAUUUUUAAGCAGUGUUUGUAUACAUUUUAACACUUUUUAUAUUUUCUAUUAUGAUUUUGUAUAUUUUUAUGUAUGCACAGUG